AGCGGGCGCGGAGCCGGAAGUGGUGUGGCCGCCGCCGCCGCGCGUCGCGGAGGCACGUGUGGAGCCCCGGCAGCGGGUGCGUCGCAGGUCCUUGGCCCUUGCCAGACGUUAGCACCAUGAGCUUCGUGGCAUACGAGGAGCUGAUCAAGGAGGGUGACACGGCCAUCCUGUCACUGGGCCACGGUGCAAUGGUGGCAGUGCGUGUGCAGCGUGGGGCACAGACCCAGACCCGGCAUGGUGUCCUGAGGCACUCAGUUGACCUUAUCGGCCGCCCCUUCGGCUCCAAGGUGACGUGCGGCCGAGGAGGCUGGGUGUACGUGCUGCACCCCACGCCCGAGCUCUGGACGCUGAACUUGCCCCACCGCACUCAGAUCCUCUACUCCACAGACAUCGCCCUCAUCACCAUGAUGUUGGAGCUUCGGCCCGGCUCUGUGGUCUGUGAGUCUGGCACUGGCAGUGGCUCUGUGUCCCACGCCAUCAUCCGCACCAUUGCACCCACGGGCCACCUGCACACGGUGGAGUUCCACCAGCAGCGGGCAGAGAAGGCCCGGGAGGAGUUCCAGGAGCACCGUGUGGGCCGCUGGGUGACUGUGCGCACCCAGGACGUGUGCCGCAGUGGCUUUGGCGUGAGCCACGUGGCCGACGCCGUCUUCCUGGACAUCCCGUCACCCUGGGAGGCCGUGGGCCAUGCCUGGGAUGCCCUCAAGGUCGAAGGCGGGCGCUUCUGCUCCUUCUCGCCGUGCAUCGAGCAGGUGCAACGCACGUGCCAGGCCCUGGCAGCGCGAGGCUUCUCGGAGCUGAGCACCCUGGAGGUGCUGCCACAGGUCUACAACGUGCGCACUGUCAGCCUGCCACUGCCUGACCUGGGUGCGGGUACAGAUGGCCCUGCCGGCUCCGACACCAUCCCUUUCCGCAGUGGCACGCCCAUGAAGGAGGCCGUGGGCCACACCGGCUACCUGACCUUUGCCACCAAGACCCCAGGCUAGGGGGCCGCCGCCCAGGGCACCAGGGAGCUGGGAGCACCGAAGGGCUGGGCAGGGAGGCCAGAGGCACCUUAUAUGGUCAGCGACGCCUGCCAGACACAGACGGUGGGGCGGGGCUUGGGGGCCUCCUGGGUGGCCAGAGUGGGACGGCAGGAAGGGCGGCUGUGAUGGAGGAGCAGUGCUGGGGCUGGGCCUCAGCCAUUCCUGUCCAGCCCUGCAGCCCAUCCCAGCUGCUGUUUGUUGCCAAUAUGAAGUAUCCACUGCCACAGGCUCCCCUGGGUGUUGAAGCCAAAGGGUACAGGUGGGGGAGUCUGACCCCCUCCCAGGUGGGCCUAAGCAGGAAGGGGGUGGAGGAGGGAGGGGGCAUUGUCCCUGAGGCCACGCUGCAUCUGACCCCUGGGCCCCCACGGCCCUGGCUGCCCCAUGGGGCCUGAGACCAUCUCGUGCUUCUCCAGUCCCCGGGCCGAGGCUCCAGCCUUGGCCAGAAGCUGGGGUGAGCUGACCCAGAAUCCCUGCCCUGCUCUCCCCAGCGCUAGGAGACCAGGCCAGUCCAGGAACCAGGGAGGUGGCCCUGCUCUCUGGUCUCCAGGCUGAUGUCACAGCACUGGGCUCAGCCCAGGUCUGCAUCCACUAAUGUCCAAGAGGCGGGGCAUCCCCCACCCAGCUAGAGCCCCUUGACGGGCUGCACUCGCUGAGGCCGGGCAGCGCUGCGGGGAGGAGCAGCAGAGUGGGUUGUCUGCCGCAGGUGACCAGGCAAGUGUGUCGGGGCUGGGGUGUGAAUGCCAGCCUGUGAGUCCCGGAACUAUGGAGGCACCCCUACCCCUCACAGAAGCCAAGGGCAUGGAGGAGGUCCCCCCGUGGGGACAACGGUGUGGGGUGGGGGAGGUGCAUCCAGGACACCUCCCAGGGACAGUGCCUGUGUGAUCACCUCUUAAAGGCUAAGCUUAGGGGCAUUUCCCAAAGCGGGGACAGAGGGUGGGACACCCAGGCCGGGGGCUCUCCUCGCCCGCCCUGGUGUGUGACAGCCUCAAGAAAGGACCAGCGCCUGUGUCAGCCGUGGGGCCCUCGGAGCUGCCGCUGGUGCCUAGGGGGCCUGGGUUUCUGCCCAGGCAGCCAGCAGCUGUUGGGAGCCUCCAUUUCCCCUGUGCUGGGGGCCUUGAGUGCUGUGCUAGCAGGGACCUGGCCCCAAGAGUGAGUGGUGAGCAAUAAACGUGCCGUCCCCCUC